AUGGCGAAAAUGAAACUGCCGACGAUGAAGCGGAGGCUGAGGCGGGUUGCCGUGCUGCUGAUUCUCUUCAUUGCGGUCACGAAUAUUCUGUACCUCAGCUUUGACAUCGCUGCCGAUGAUGGUGCACCGGGACCCAACAACCCCCACCACCCGCGAGCCGCCGCAGUGGACGACGCAGCACUUGCUUACAUCCCACGCCGUGUUGUGGAUACGUGGAGCCGGCGCGAGUAUCUGAUUGUGCUGGGCAUCCCCUCCACGGACGACGAGGCGAGGCGAACACAACGCAACCUGCAGCGGUCGACGUGCUGGCGGUUCCCCGGAGUGGCGACGAGGGCGAACGACUUCACCGGUGCGAUGCUUGUGCUGUACGUCCUUGGGCGACACCCGUCGCACGGCUACGACUACUCUGCCGCGCUGCUGGAGGAGGCGUCGCAGUGGAACGAUGUGGUUGCACUGCCAAUGAACGAGGGCCGUGUUUCACCAGAGAAAAAAGUUGGUGUUGAGGGGUAUUCAGGCAUUGAGGCUUCUAUUGGUAUGACCCGCAAGACGUACAUGUGGUUUGACCUUGCGCACCGCCUGUUCCCGACCGCGAGGUACAUUGCGAAGGGCGAUGACGACAUGUUCCUCCGUGUGCCGCUGUUUGUUGCUCACCUGCGCCUCCUGCCGCGCCGAGGGAUCUACAUGGGUGUUUAUGUUGGAUCAUCGUUAUGGGUGAAGGACCGUUCAAUAGAUGUGUUGUUUAUGGUUGGCUGGUGCUACACCUUGUCGAGGGAUGUGGCGGAGGCGUUGGUGUCGUACGAACCGCUGCGACGCCUGGCGUACCUGCCGUACAGCAAGGAGCGUGAGGAAGAGUUUUUUUCGAUUCACAUGCAGCACGAGGACGUAAUGGUGGGACGUGUGCUACUGAACGAAUUGAAGUACAAGCCAAUGGUAUACGUCGAGAUGCAGGAUUGUCAUUUCCAUGACGCCCGCAAUGGCACGGGGCACUCGCAGGUGGUGCCGACCUCGAUGUGUGUCCAUCACGUGCGGGAGGACGACUACGCUGCGCUGAUGGCGCGCUUCGGCAACGACACAUCACCUGUCGCCCGUGUGGAACGUGUCUCCGACGACACGAUAUACCCGUCGUGCGAUUGA